UUCCGCGCCCCUUUUCGCGAGAGCACCACUUGAUCAUCAGCAAGGAUACCCCAAUCGAAAUCCGACGUCAAAAAUCAGAGAAUCGGAAGGCAAGACCACAGGGGCUGAGCUUCCGGGCCUCUGUCUUUCGGGACGGUUGUCGACGGCAAUUAACCCCCCGUACAGGUGCCAAAGGAGCCCCCCACCGGCCAGAAAUAGCACCGGCUGGCAGGGCAGCCCCCCCAUCCAAACUGAGCGAGGCGGCACGGCAUGAACUACCUCCCCAAGCCAUCGGUUGGCUACAGCCAAAUCCACGGCCCCCCAGCGGCCACGGCACCCGCCCCGCCAUCACUGGCCCUCACGCAGCCCGCUGUAAGACCCACCCUCUCGCAGGGCGCUGGCGGACAGGCGCGGUCGCGGGUGGGUGCGGCUGCGGCUGCGGCUGGAGGAGGGCCUUUCGGCUUCGCCACCCUGCCAUCUUCGUCGGCCUCUCCCUCCCUCUCUCCCUCCCCCUCCCAGGCAGAGGCUGCCGGAAGUGUCGUGCCCACACCGCGCUUCCUCCACCCCACACAAUCGAGCUGCUCGUCGGCCUCGUCAUCGUCACUCGGCGAUGGUGGUGGUGGUGGUGGGCAUCCUCCCUAUGAGUUUCAGCUGUUCCCCGCCGACCUCAUUCAGCAGCUGCGGGCGUCGCCUGCCAGCAGGGACAAGGCCAUGGGUUCGCUGAUCAUGACGCUCAAGAGCCCUCGGUCGAUACGCGUCAUGGCCAAUGAGGCGCAGUGGGGCGCGGUGCAUGGUGCGGGGUUCAUGGAGCUGAUCAACUAUCUGCUGGUGCAGGAGGGGGCGGCGGGGGGGAAGCAGGCAGGGACAGGGGCAGGGGGAGGGGCUGGAGGUGGCCAGGCUGGUGGGAGCAACAACGCGUUGCAACUGAUGACGAGCGUUGUGAGGAUGCUGCGGGGGAGGAGGCCGGCUGCCAACCUCAGCCAUAGCGCCGCGAGAGUGAUCAUCCCCAGGGUAGGUAUGCUGGCUAGGCUAGGCUAGGCUAGGCUACGCUAUGCUGUGGUGUGGUGUGUGGGGGGUUGUGUUGGCGCCCAAAAAGAUCUCUCUCUCCCUCUCUCUCCCUCUCUGUCUGUCUGUGUCUGUGUGGGUGUGGGUGUGGGUGGUCAGUUUCACCUGUUGUAUCCCGGUCUGCUGCGUCAGUUCUCCGCCAACCUCUACAUCAACCGCUCCUCAGCGCUCCAGUGCUUCUACCACGCAUUCAUUCUACUCGUACGCUACGCGCCACACACUGACACAGCUCAACACCACGCCCGUCCGCAGUCUGCCCAUUUUCUCUCCUGCCUGAUUUCAGCCGUCGUUGGCUGUGUCUGUGUCAAGCAAUGUGGCUGCGGCCGCCCCGCGAGAGCGCGACAGAGUGCUGCACGAGUGGGUGGGCAUCGGUCAGACGCUCAUCGAGGCCCUCACCACACACACCGACCACAAGCACUGGAACGUCAGAUCAGAACUGGUACACACAACGCUCUCACACAUACCCUAUAUCGCCCACACGGAGAGAAAGACAGCGCACUGACCACUCUCCCUCUCUCUCCCUCUCUCUCUCUGUGUGUGUGUGUGUGUGUGUGCCUGCAGUGCCAGGCCUUUUCAGUGAUCCUGUUGGUGCUGCUAGGUCCCGGCCAGCGGUCUCUCAGCAGCAGCAGCCAGCCACCGACAGCAGCAUCGGCAGGAGGGGGUGGGCCCGUCCGCCCCUCUGGCGAGCAGCAGGCGUGGUAUUGCCAUCAGCUGCUGCUCGCGUCGCGCGACAAGCUGCUCAAAGCCCUCACCAAACUGCUCAUGGACCAAAAGGACAAGGCAAGCCACAUCCUUACACCCUUUUCCGCCCUCCACCCUCCCUCCCCAAUACCCAUGUGUGUGCCUGUCUGUCUGUGUCUGCAGGUGGCCGCGUACGCCCUAGAGUCUGUGGCGAUCCUUCGGCAGGCCUGGUAUGCGUUGUCGGUGGCCCCCCCGCCAUGCAGCCCGGCCGAUGAGUGUUUCGAGCGCAUUGUGGCCGUCAUCAAGUCGUUAUCUGCAUCUCCGUCUUCACGGCCGUCACAGCAGCAGCACCAGCACCAGCAGCACCGUCGGCCGUCGAGCACACAGGACGGCAAUGGCACUGGCAGUGGCGGUGGUGGCGGUAGUGUGGAGAGCCUGGGGCUGCCGAUGGGGCUGCCCAUCCCGAUAUUGCCCGUGGACGGUGCGAGUGACGGGCAGGGGCAGGAGGGCUUCCUUAUCGAGUGCCUUAGAAAACGGUCGGCUCACUCACAGACACACCGACACGGAUGCAUGCAAACAGUGCUCUCGUGUGUUCGUUCGCCCAGGUUCGUAUCUCCCUCUCUACCGAUGCUGUCCGACCCCCUCUCUCUGGAGCAGCCCGCCGACUCGGCAGAGCUCCUGCCUCUGUUUGACGACAGCACCCACCCGCAGCAGCAGCUCAUCAGCUACUACGAGCACCCCGGGCAGCCCCCCGCAUCCAACCCUUUUUUCUUCUCAUGGUCGCCCGUAACGUCCUCCUCGUCGAGAGUGACCACUGCCGGCACGCAGCUGCCGUCACCCACACACACGGGCGGCUCGAGCUCCCGCGCGAGCAUUGGGUUGGGCCUGCCACCGAGCAGCCGGCCGUCUGCAGGUCUGUCACAUGUAUCCCUCACGCUUUGUAUCGAUGCGUGGAUGUCAUCAGAGCUGGCGAUGGGGAGCGAGGUGGCGGCUUUGCGAUGGACCGAUAUCUACGGCUCCUUCGACGACGACUCGCCCGUCCCCGGUAUCGGCAUCGGCCAGAGAGGCAGCUACGCCAGCAUUCACCUGAGCGGCCGGGACAGAGACAGAGAUGCUGACGAGAUGUCCUCGGUGUGGAGCUCCGCCAGCCGCACCACCAGCCCCGACCGCAAUAUCAACAUCGAGAGGGCGAGACGGCAGCGGCCGAUCACCCAGGGAGCCGGGAAGGAGGACAUCAAUGGCGAGGGCGAGGGUGGGGCGCUCCCUCUGGCUCCGUCGGACAUAUCAAGCCAGCUGCGGCUGCUGCGCACCAGACGGGCGAGCGGCAAUCGCAGUAGAUCCGCGCAGGUAAGCCACUCGGCCGGCAAUCGGAACGGCAGCUCGGCCAGCCUCACACUUAUCGACACCGACGGACCACCAUCGGCCGCCCAUCCAUCGCUGGACUCACAGGCGGCAUCGGGCGUCGAGUCGCCACCGGAGAUCAACCUCAUCUCAACCGCAAACACCAGGUGAGCAGGAAGGCAGGGCAGGCUCACGUGUCUACGGAACCUCAUAGACAGACACCAUUGUGUUGCUCUUUGGUUGUUUGGCAGUCGCAGCGGCCGCAGCCCGGCGGGUCGCAGCCGUCGUGGCGCCCCGACGGCCACCGCCAGUGCCAGCCGUGGGGACAUGUCGGCCAACUCGAUCACCACCACCUGUCCGGGGCACGAAGGCGACCUCUCGACCUCGCACCCCACCCCCUUUCCCACCACCCCCUAUAUGGCCCCCUCCCACUCCCCCACGGCCGCAUGCGGCACCCCCACACCCAUCAAUGUCGAGCAUGGCGGCGACGUGGCGGCCUUCCCUCAUGUGCAUGUGGGUGACGAAGCUCUCGACGCCAAGCUGUUCUCUGACGACUACCUGCACAGCACAAGCGUCAUGUCACCUGAGGGCUGCAGGAAUAAGAGGGAGAGAGGCCCGCUACGGCCGAGGGGCAAUGGCAAUGGCAAUGGUGGCGGGAAUGCUGCCAACGGAUUCAGCCUCGGUUUGGUCGGGACAGGCAUGAGCUUCGCCUCGCAGGGGAGCGGUCUGAGCGGCAUCUCGGCCUUCAGGCAAAACACGGGUGACUCCCUCAGAUCGGGCACACCAGACGUCCCCCCACAGCACGUCUCUUCAUCAGCCCCCCUACCCCUCCCAGCCGACGGCAACACAGCCGCGGGCGGCCCUGGCCUGCCGCCCCUCCCCCCGUCGCACCGAAGACGGCAGCAACAUCCACAAUAUCAGCCGCCGAGAGGCCCGCCAUCCCGCGAGGCCGUCGCCGCCGCCCCGGCGGACGAGCUGAUGGACGACGGCGCACAGAGGGACGUCUCGGCCCCUUCCACUAGCCAGUCCAUGCGCACCAAGAGGGCAGAGAUGCCCAAAAGGCCACACCCAUUGCCGAGGAUGGGCUCGGACGAGAGUCAAGUGGAGGUUGGUGUGGGUGCGACGGGUGGUCACCACUACGGCGCCCCGCCGAGGCGGGCCAACAGCAGCGACAGGCGAAGCGCCAACAGACGGGGCAGCAAGGGGGAGGACCCACAGUCGUCGGACCUCACCAUGGCUGGUGUGGCCAUCGGCUCACACAGCAGUGACGAGGCCGCCGAUGUGGGCGUGGGUGUGGGUGUGGGGGGCGGUGGGCGACCCACACACACAUCACGUGCAGCCAAGAGCCAGUCGCCCUCCUCAGACCAACCCGCCGCCGCCCCUUCUCGCCGCAAAGGCGGUUCUGAGGAAGCUGAGGCCGACGGCGCACAGAGGGGCUUCCUUGCGCGCGGCUACAGCUUCGGUGAGAACAAGGAGGGAGCCAGCAGCAACAGCAGCAGCAACCAACCGGCAGCUGCGGCGUCGGCCCAGCACCAACAGCAGCCGACCAGGAGGAGGCUCGCCCAGCAGCAGCAGCAGCAGCAGCCUGCUCCGAGUGACAACUCGGAUGUGUCAGCUGCUGCCGCCAUGCCGGUGUCAGUUUCUGCGCCGACUGUGGGGGGAGCGAGUGUCCGUGGUGCGGCUGGUGGUGGUGGUGGUGGUGGCGGCGGUGGGCAGAAGCUGGCUGUCCGUGCGGCAGACGAGGAGGGGCCGCUCGGUGUGGGCCUGGCCUCUACCUCUGUCACAGAUGUGGGCGUCAAGUACUGCUACCGUGACGACCUUCAAGUAAGAGAGCACGUCUGUCUGUCUGUGUGAGGGGAUGGAUCGAUGGAUGGAUCGAUCGAUGGAUGGAUGGAUGUGUGGAUGCAGCCGUUCCCGAGUUCGGUGGUGGUCAGCGAGCGGUACCUGCAAGAGCUGCUGGGGAGCAAGGGACUGCAGAGCAACAGCUGGGAGAAGCAGUUCAACGCCCUCAACAGCCUCAGGCGGGUGGCCAAGUUCCACCCCACCACCAUUGUCACCUCCACAUCGCCAGCCACCACCAGCAGCAUCAGCGGCGCCGCCACUGCUGCUUCGCCAUCCCUUCACGCAUUCGUCAAGCUGGUCGGUGCAGAUGGGUCUGUGGGAUGGGAGUGAGGGUCAGUGUCAUGUGUGUGUGUGUGUGUGUGUGUCUGGGUGGGGCGCGUGCGGUGCAGACAGUGCGUCUGGUGGACAACCUGCGGUCCUCUCUGGCCAAGAAUGCGCUGAUUUGUCUCAACGACCUCUUUGUCAGCUACCGAAAGCAGAUGGUGGGUGGGGAGGGAGGGGACAGACAGAUAGACAGACAGGAGAGACAGAAACCUGAGACACACGACAUUUGCGUGUGUGUCUGUGUCUGCCAUAUGUAGGAUCCCGAGUUGGAGACGUGUGUGCCGGUGUGCCUCAAGAAGGUCGGUUCCCAUUUUCUCCCCUUGACGACACGAGAUUGACAGACGAGACGAGCAGACGAUUGCCUGUGUGUGUGCCUGUCCUGUGUCAUGCUGUCCGUCACGUCAGGCCGCGGACACCAACACCUUCAUAGCCGAGGAGGCCGAGCGCACCCUCCGCUCUCUCUGCAGCAGCGCGUCAGAGGGCAAAACCAUCUCACUCGUCGUCCACGCCAUCUCCAACUCGUAAGCCGCCACCAAACCACACACACACCUCCAUCCCACCUCACGCACACACAUGGUGGAUGGAUGGAUGAAUGUAGGAAGCACCAGUUUCUGAAGCGCACUGGUGCCUUGUGUCUGGGUUUGCUGAUCCGGCGGCUGGGCGGCCGGGUGGCCGGCAUACGCGACAUUGACAAACUCGUCAACGCACUCGGACAGGUCAGCAAAACACCACAGACGGGGACAGAGACAGAGACAGAGAGAUCUCGGUUGUGUGUGGGUGUGUGGGUGUGUGGGUGUGUCAUUAUCAGCUGGGCAGCGAGGCGUCGCCUCACUGCCGCGAGAUGGCGCGGGCAGCCAUAAUCACACUCGCCAGGUAAGCUAGUGAGCCGCCUGUAUGUGCGUGUGUGGUGGGGUACGUGUCUGCCUGUGGUUUCUGUCUGCAGGAGCAUGAAGCCCACCGAUUUGGAUCGGCUGCUUAAGCGACACCUCUCUGACAGGGACCUCAGCAAAGUAACCUUGGUCGCUCCGCACACCCCUCCCACCCACAUCAGUAAGUGUAUGGUAUGCUCCGCUUCGUGUGUGCAGGUGAAGGUGAUGAUAGAGAAGUCGGGCGAUGUGGACGCCGAUGCCAUACUGGGGUAGAUUACUGGGGUAGAUUAGAUAGACAGACCGAUGGAUGGAUGGAUGGACGGACGGACGGAGGGGAUCAGUCAGUCGACAGAGGGAGCAAGAAAUGCAAUCCGGUGAUCCAUGCAGCCAUGCAGCCAGCCACAGAUAGUGGUGGUGGUGUCUGAGUCAAUUGAACAUGUUAGGGGGUAAUUCAUGUGUGUGCGUCAUUCGUCCGUCCGUUUGAGAGAGCCGGGGGGACCCGCCAGACACACAGACAGACAGACAGACAGACGCCUCUGCGUAGCGUAUCGGUUUGCUCACUCAGAUCACAGAGAGGGUGGAAGAGUGAGUGGAGGGGGUGGAUGGAUGGAGGGGGAGAGAGUGACCUGCCUGCCUGCCUGCCUCGCCGACAGUUUGUUGCCAAACGAAUCUCGAGUCUACCUGCGCUUGCUCAGCUGUGUGUGUGUGUGUGUGUGUGCUCGCGUGCAUGCUUGCUCGUGUGUCUCUCUCUCCAUUGUGGCCUAUUUGUGGAUGGAUCUCUAUCUCUCUCUCGUCCUCCGUCCGUGUGCGAGCGACAUUUUGGCUUGGCUUGGCUUGCUGGCUUCGCUUGUGUUUGUUGUGCGGUCUGUCUAAUUCAGUGUGUGGCUCGCUACGCUACGCUGUGCACACAACACACACUCAGAUCGAUUUAUUCAUUCACUCAUUGGAUGGAUGGAUGGAUGGACGGACGAGCAAGUGAAGUGGCUGGCAGACACCCACCACACACACACACAC